AUGGAAUCUGGAUCCACAGGACACGCAAUUGUGUACCCACAAGUCUCUCGUCUUCCACCUGAACUUGUGUGCAUCAUCUUCAACUUCCUCACCGAGUCCCAUGCCACCGAAGCUCUCCGCUCUUGCGCGCUCGUUAGCAAAGGCUUUCUCCAACCCAUUCGCAAGCAGUUGUUCUCUUCCAUAACUCUCCGAUUAGUCUCGCACCCCCGUCCAAUCCUAAUACACGACGUCGUGCGGCGUAUUCAAGGCCUUACAGAUCUCUUCCAGCGAGAACCACUGGUGGCAUCCUAUGUGAAGAGAUUCAGUCUUCUCGACUCAUACCCGGUGUACGAGUCACAAUGGAUCACGCAGCAACGCGGUCUACCUCCCCUCCUCGAUACCCUGACCUCGCUCACAUUCUGCGAGUUCGGCACCGCCAUCGGUUUCUUGGACUGGCAACUCUUCCCACCUGCACUCCGAUUGUCGCUUACUAGAGUGUUCCAGGGCAGACAACUUCGUACGCUCAAGUUGCGUAACCUAGGGUGCAUACCCGCAUUUGUGCUCAUGGCCACGUCGGUGAAGGCCAUGGACCUGAACAAUGUCACCGUACCGCCCGAUCAGCAGCAGCUCGCACUCCCGCCGGUCGUGGAUACGACGCCGUUUAGACAACUUGCGGUGCUGAACGUGCGGACGGUGUCUGUGCAGAACACGAACUCGGCAUGGGUCGUUAUCCAAGCGUAUAGGCCCCACCUCAAGGUCCUCAAGUGGCGUUGCUGGGAAGACCACCGCUCCGGCGACGGGUUCAGCCUGCCGGGCAACCUCAACCUCACGCAGCUGCCCAAGCUCACAACCCUGUCCUUCCGGCUCUCCUUCGGCGUCACCGGGCGGGACCUCGCAGGGCUCUGCCAGCUGCUCGAAAGUCCCCUCUGGCUCUUCCCCAACCAAACCCCCAUCUCACCCUUCGCACCUCCGGAUAUGGUUGCCGCCGCCGCUUCCGCCUCCAAUGCAAAUCCAAACGCUGCGUCGCCCCCUAGCGUCCUCCGCCGCAUCGACAUCGCGCUCCUCUUCCCGGAGCACCGGCCCCCCAACGAGAUCCGCGCGAUCAUCAGCACGCACAGCGCGUGGACGCGUCUCCCGCUCGCGCUCACCUCGGCGCAUUACCCGCAGCUGAGGAAGGUGCGGAUGGACAUGAGCGUGCAUGAGUGGCGCACGCCGGUGGACGAUGGGAGUGGCCGGAUGCAGAGCUCCGUGGUGGCGUGCAGGGAGAUGAUGAAGGGGUGUUUGCAGAGGCUGGCGAAUGUGUCGUCGUUGCAUUUAAAGUGGAAGGUGCAGGCGUUUCCGAAGAAUAGGUAA